UGUCUCUCAUCAAGUUAAUUUACGGACAUUGAUUACGUUAAUUAAAAAAUGGAGAAAAUACAAAUUUAUCAUGUACUUUGGUUCUUUUUAGAAUAUUCAGUUUUGUUUUGUCCUGGAAAAACAGAAAGUUAUACACUAACUUUUUGUGAAUAUUCCACAACAGAAUUGGUUACAUGCCCAGAUGAUGGAAUAAUUAGUUCGAAAAAGAUAACAUAUGGUGAAUUUCCGUGUCAGGAUUUCAGCAACAGUCAUACUUGUCACUCAAAUAUAGAUAAUUACUUCGAUGCCAAUUGUAUUGGUCAAAAUAAGUGUACCCUCCCAAUUGAAUUGUCGUUCAAUAAUACUUGUCAAAGACCACCAAGGCGUUUAAAAGUUUAUUUCGAGUGUUCAAGGGGAUUUUGGUGGCGUAAUAAACAUCCUGAUCCUGUAGAUACUUGUCCAAAUUCAUUAACAGAUGUGAAAUGUCCUUCUAAAUACCACAUUCAUAUAAAAAAUUGCGGAUCAUAUGGUACGACAAGUAUUUGUGAUGGUAUGGACAAUACUUGUGCGAUAAAUGCACUCAAAAGAUUAUGCAACGAGAAGAAGAGGUGCUCAACAGAUAUAAGUAAAACAUCAUGUCUUUUUCAUAAACGAUUCGCCACUAUUCAGUAUACUUGCAAAGGAACAAUUGAUCAUUCAGUCACAUCAACCAUACCAAGCACAUCAUCAGAUCAUAGACGUGACACGGUUACUACCUCAAAUUCAAAUGAUACUUUUGAAUAUCCCGAAAUGCCGAAACUAAGUCUCGAUAAGGACCAUCGAGUAGUAUCCUAUCAAACUUCGCAAAAUGCAACGAAAUACCUUUGUAGUAAAGGAUGGGAUGAUGAGGAUGCUGUAGUACUCUGUAGAUAUUUUAACCAAACCUGGAUCGGACAUUCCAUAGUUGUUGACAAACUAUUGGAUAUAACAAUUGCUCCUUAUUUGGUACAUUGUAAUGGACUUGAAACCAGUUUGUUUAAGUGUAAUUUAACAGAAAAUCCAACGAGCUGUAAUAUAUCCAAAGUUGCAGGUGCUGUUUGUUGUCAAGAUGUAAACAGACGAGGGCAAUGUGUCAGAAAUUCCGUUUCCCAAAAGACCUCAGAAAAACCAGGAUCCAUAACCUUAGGAAUUGCUGUUGGUAUACCAGUGGCUAUUAUUGUUGUGGUUUGCGUUAUCGUAGUUAUUGCGUUCAUCCGCCGAAGAUAUGUUAGUGAAGAUUCGAUUCAAAAAUGCAUUGAAAGUAACAACACUAAUGAUGACUAUGUAGGCCUACAGAACAUAGCACUCCCUCAAUAUCUACCAACGAAAAAGGUACCGAAUAGCCAAUUAACAAAGAACAGCACAAACACGGCACCGACCGAAGACGACCAAGCUUAUAGUUAUCCAUCUACAGACUCACAAUCACCGUAUGCGCUAUUUGAGGAGGGGGUAUAUGAUCAAACAAAUGAACGGAGACAUGUAGUUAACGACACCGACGCAUACAGCCGUGCAAUUGAUACCUUGUAUGAUUCUGCAGAACAAAAUACAAGACUAGAUAGCAAAGAGGAAACUUAUGAUAAUGUUUUUGGACAGAAAACUGAAGAUUAUUACGACAAAAGUAAACGAACUUAACACCAGGAUUUGUAAAACUGCACGAAUCUCUUAGCUAACAGUAUUGUGUGAUAAAUUAUACCAAAUAAAUAUGAAAUGCUUUAACAUUGCUCGAAGUUCUUCCAAAUAGUAUGGAUAUUUUUUUUUACACUCAUUCUGCUAUUUGAAUUAGAAUAGCCUGUCGAUGUUUUUUGUUUGUUCUAUGAGCGUACAUGUAUAUAACAUUUAUAGCUAUUACGUUUUAUGGUGUUUUUAUAUGUCCUUUAUUUUUACCUUUACCUUCAGUACAGUGAUAUAUGAAAAUAUGUAUAAGUGGUUUGGUAUUUUUACAUCCCGCAAUGGUGUGAUUGUAUAAUUGUCAUUUUUUUGUUAUUGUCUUUUAUGUUUGCUUAAUAUGAUCUUUAAUAAAUAAUGUCCAUAUGCCAUGAUGUUGUUAAAUAUAUAUUUUAAUGCAUAUUGAUUAAGAUUACAACACAAGGUUUACAUAAUUAUGUAGUAGAACUUUUAACAAUUUUACUUCAUAUGUAUGUUUUUUUUGCACAUAUAGUGUUGUCUGUAUAAUGGAAUGUAUGAAACUGUCAUACAAGUAAGAUAUUUAGCUUGCUAUUAUACCUGAGGAAAUUCAGGAAUGUGACAGACAUUUUCCUUAAUUUUGAUAUGUUUCGGUUAUUGAUUUUGCCUUUCGAUAAUAGAUGAUUGUCCGACUAAAACAAUCUUUUAAGUUCGGAAUGUUUGCUGCUUUUUUUCCAAUUUAGAAGCAGUAAUUAACCUACGUUAAAAAAAAAUCCAUGUCGGUUAUCCACCAUAUUCUACAUAAGAAAAAGUGUGUUCCGAGACAGAAAUAUCUUUUCUAUUCCUUCGAUGUGUAUGAACUUUUACUUCCGCCAUUCCUUCAACUUUAUGUUCGAUUUAUGAGUUUGACUGUCCCUCUUGUAUAUUUCGUCCCUCUUUAAAGAACUUUUCAUUUUCUAUUUCAUUUUAUGGAAGGCGUAUUUUAUUCGAAAUUUUACAUAUUGUGUAAGCUACAUGUAUUGUUGUGAUGUCAACAAAUAAGAUUGCUGUGGUGUUUUUGUCUACAAUCCAUUUAUACAAAGUCUGUUACAGAAUAUUAAUCUGCUGUACAUGUAUUAAAGGUAUUCGUUUAUUUUUAAUGUUGUGCUUAAUUUAAGGUUAUAUCCUGCUGAAAGUCAUACUAUUUACAUUCAUGUACUUGAAAUAAAUGAUUGU